AUGAAGAGAAACUGUGUGUUAGCAGGAUGGUUCCAACAGCCAGGGAGGGUCGUGCUGGUGAGGCAAAGAAAUAUGUUUGCAUCACAAAAAGGUGGAUGGGAUUGGUGGAAAAUUGAACCCAAACACUCUACUACAGUUCUCUUUGGAAACUGGCUGGAGAAGAGGACAAGAGGAAGAUUGGGAAAGAAAGAGGGGAAGAUCAGGAAGAGCCUGCCACUGCAGCAUUUCUUCACCCAUCACAAGGAACAAAGAAGCCAAAAUUUAGUAUUGGAGUGUGACAAUAACUGCAAUAAACAUGGUUAACCUGUGCUGCCUCCCCUCCAGAGCUGAAGUGGAUGCAGGUUGGCCUGGAUUCCUCAGAAGUCAGAUUUCCCCAUUCUCAAACCACCCACCAGCUCUGGGCUUCCUGAGCACCUGAUGGGGAACUGCACAAGAAAGAAGCUGUGAAAGCCCAACAAUUCCUGUGAAAGCCCAACAGUUUCUGCUUUUGCUCCCUGUCAGCUGAGACAACCAGCUAAAAACUCAUGCUCUCCCUUCCAGCCAGGGACAUCUUCCCCAAAAUGUUGUAGAAUCCUGGACUGUAAAGGGGGUCAAUAUCUGUAAGGCUUUGGCCAACUGCUGAGAGACAGAACAGCCAGGGACAACGCUGUGUAA